AUGAGCAGAGUGGCUGAUACCAUCCAACGAGGUGGACCCCACUCUAGGAGCCCAGUUCCGGUUUCGGCUGGACAAAGGGCCUCCCAACUGCCCUCUUUAGGGCAAUCUACCCCACGUGAUGUUACUAAUCCAAACGAGCGAAACGCUCAAGGAGUAACGGUAGCAUCACGCAGGAGCAGCCUUUGGUCUACCAACGAGCUGAAUAAACUUGCGGACCUGGUCAAUAGGCACAGAGAUGCAAGUGGCCGUAUCCAAUGGAGAAACCUAGGCCCUGCCUGGGAAAGCCUGCGGAAUGAGAAUGACCCCCAAAGGACCAUAGCGGCCCUGAAGGGAGCAUAUGCUAAACUCGCUCGGGGUACCGGGCGAGCAAUUAAUGGAAAUGCGAUAAGAGCUCCAAGAGCUGGAAUCGCAGAACCAAGCGAAAACGCCGAAAGGCAGUCUGAACAAGAAGGUCGAAAUGGCCCAACGCAGGAAGGCAUGGAAGAUGCUAGAGAAGAGCGAACACUCGGACCUAGCAUGCCUACUGCACAAGAACCUCGCGAAACGAGCGAGAGCGGUAAUGAGAACAUUAAGGCGAGUAUGAAAGCCAGGUUCCACAAAUAUUACCGUAUAGCGAUCUCAACUCAAGAUCGGCAGCCGAUAAGAAGACCAAAGGGCGAAAUCCCAAAGGUCUUACUCGGCAUAGGAAACGAAGUUCUUGCAGAAGAGCUUCGAGAAAGAAAGAUAAAAAGGCUAACAUCCCUAAAUGCCGCGGUGUACGCGAUAGCGCGUGUUAUCAGUGCCAAGGCAAUAGAAGAUGCUAGUAAAAGGCUAGAGCCAGAAAGAGAACGCUUCAAUGAAGCGAUUCAGCUCCGAAGCACUCUUAUCCGCUUCAUAUCCGCGUUGGCGGGAGAGCUAAGGAGAAGACGUAUAGGUAGGGACUUGCAAGGAGGGCAAGGCAGGCCCAACCGCUUGUACCUUGAAGUCUCCAAGCUAUAUAAAGUGUCCAGGACUGUCGAUGUUCAGAGGCUCCAAGUGAGACUUCGUGAUCAGUUGAACAUCGUACAGCAAGACAUCAAGAGGAUGGAAGAUGCCAAGAGGCGCUUCCAAGUGAGGCGAAGGGGUCCAUCCUUCGUAGCAAGAGAGCCCCGUGAUCAAGGGGGAAAUGUACCGGUGAACCAAGUACGUGAGUACUGGGCUCCUAUUGUGGGCAAGGUUCAACCGUUCGUAGAAACAGUGGAACUCGCGACAUGGUCGCGAACCCACAGGCGAACCGCAAAUACCCAUGUGGACGUAGACCUCUCAGAAGAUGACUGGAGAACUUUGUUCUCGAGGAUCAAACCCUGGAAGGCUACUGGACCAGAUGGAAUCCAAGGUUUCUGGUGGAAACACCUACCGGAAGCUAAGGAGCGUCUUAAAGAGUGGUGCAUGAAAGCACUGCACAGGCGCAGGGAAGUAAUACCGCGAUGGCUCUGUAGAGGCAAAGUGGUACUAAUCCCAAAAGGAAAAUCAGCGGCCCCAGGCCCCGGAGAUUUUCGGCCAAUAGCAUGUUUGAAUACAUGCUAUAAGAGAAUUAUGUCCAAACAGAGCGUCAGGUACCAUGGCUACCAGAAUGGCAAAGUGGUCAGAAGUGCUCCCCUUGACGUCAGGAAUGGCCUCAUGCAGGGAGAUACUCUGAGUCCACUGCUAUUCUGCCUAGCCAUUGCACCGAUAUCUGGUUGGUUGAGCUCUAACAUCGAGCCAUACAAGACCAAGACUGGCAGUUCUGCCAGAGGAGAAGGUAGCUUUGAGGUGGGGCACAUCUUUUAUAUGGAUGACCUCAAAGUCUACUCUACGAGCUGGGACGACUUGGUGAAAGCCAAGGCUGGAAUCCAGCGAGUAGCAGAGCAGUUAGGGCUGAAGAUGAACCCACAGAAAUGUGCGGUGAAGUCUCUCAACGCUGCUGCGGAAGGAAGAACCGAGAUAGGAGAAAUCCCAAUACUCGGACUCAACUCCUUCUAUAAAUACCUGGGCGCGGAGCAAGAUGCACUUGUCUCUAUGAGAGAAGUGUGGCAAAGAGUCCAGGUCAAUGCUUGGAAUACUGCUGUGCGUAUAAUGAACAGUGAACUUACUGUUCGUCAAAAAGUUCAAGGAUACAACCAGACAGUAAUUCCCAAGCUAAAGUAUGCAGUGUCUUGUGUGAUCUUUGGAAAGGGUCGCCUCAUCUCCUUGAAGAAGAAAGCACGAGACUUCGACAUACGCGUACGUAAGCUGCUGGAAGAAUCGAAAAUGCGAUUCGGAUACAGCUGCGUUGCGAGACUGUAUGUCAGUAAAGAGGAAGGUGGACUAGGCCUGAAGUCUGUGGAGGAGGAGGUUGAACAUACCAUUGUUUACACAUGGUGUUACCUAUCCUCCAACCCAGACUUUAUAGUCCCCUACCAGCUAGCCGAAAGCCUACGAGCUAGCAGUAAAAGGUCACUAACCUCAGACUUUAAGUCCGUUUUAGCAGCCAAUGGACUAGAGGGAAGGGUGACUAGAACGAUAUUAACGUUCAUAGAAGUUGAUGGUCGUAGAUACGACUCUGCAACUAAAGCGGCACGGGUUAUCUCUACUCUAGUACACCAGAGAUGGGCUCAGUUCCAGAUGUCUGAGUGGAGAAAGAGGAGAUUAGCCAGUAGAGUGCUGGAGGACCCAGAUGGUCGCUUCCAACUAAACCACAAGGAUUCGUUCCAAUGGUUAAGUAAGGGAUGGGUGUCAUCUGCAGUUCUCAGAAAAGUGUGGGCUGCUAUAAGUAAGGCUCACUACUCACUAGAGCAAGUGCCCCAGGACGUGCGGUUCAGGCUUCCGUCACGUGCCGAAUGGGGUGUCCAAUGA